CUACCCUCCACGAAGAAGGGCAAGCCCCGUCCCCGCUAGACCUCCCAGAUAGGUGUCUACCGCCGUUGAGCCGACUGCCACCGAAGACCUCCCCACCCAAGUACGGGAUAAACUUCUCUCGCUGUCGGUAGCCCAUCGUUUCGGUCAUGGCGACGAGUGCAAAGCGAAAACAAGAGGAGACUCAUCUGAAGAUGCUGCGCGAGAUGACGAGCCAACCGCCGAAUAGGAAGUGUUUUGAUUGUGAUCAGCGCGGCCCGACUUACGCCAACAUGACAGUGGGUUCUUUCGUUUGUACCACCUGUUCGGGAAUCCUACGAGGUCUCAACCCCCCCCACAGAGUGAAGUCCAUCUCCAUGACAACCUUCACACAACAGGAAAUCGAGUUCCUACAGAAACACAGCAACGAGGUGUGUAAACACAUCUGGUUGGGCCUGUAUGAUGACAGGACCUUGGUCAUCCCAGACUUCCGUGAACCUCAGAAGGUGAAGGAGUUUCUCCAGGAGAAAUACGAGAAGAAGAGAUGGUAUGUUCCUCCAGACCAGGCGAGGGCGCUGUCCAGUGUCCAGGCGUCCGUGUCGGGCUCCUCAGCCAGCAGCACAGGAAGUACCCCAGAGGUCCCUCCUCUGAAGACCCUGCAGCUCAACAAGACCCCCCCUCGCCAGUCUCCUGGGAUUAGUCGCUCCAAAGCCCGUGCCAUUGUUCAGGAGAAAAAGUUUGACCUGCUGUCAGACCUGGGCGGUGACAUCUUCGCCCCCCCGACCAAUCAGGCGGCAGGCUCAGCUAACUUCGCCAACUUUGCACAUUUCCCCAGCCAAUCAGCAACACAGGCUAACUCCGGGGCAGCAGACUUUGCCAACUUUGAGGCGUUUGGCAACUCUGGAGUUCCAUCUCAUUACGGCACCCCACCCCCCUCACAUUCUGUUACCUCAGGUGGGGGCGUGCCCAUCCCCUCCAUGGCGGGUGCAGUACCAGCGCAGGCCCAGCAGGGGAGCUCUGCUGGCGACCGCUACGCUGCCCUGGCCGAGCUGGACAACGAGCUGUCCUCCUCUGCUCCUACUGGGAGCAGCGUGCACGGGAACAUGUUUGGAGCCGUGUUGGGGAGCUCUCCUGCCCAGACCCAGCCUGUCCUUCCCAGCAUGCAACAGGGCUUCGGAGCUGUUCCGUCCACCAACCCGUUUGUUGCCACGGAGAUGGCCACCAACCCCUUCCAGACCAAUGGCAGACCUCCAGCAGCAGCCUCGUUCGGUACCGGCUCUAUGAGCAUGCCCGCUGGCUUCGGGAACUCCUCUUCCUUCUGCCUCCCGACCAGCUUCAGCGGAACCUUCCAGCAGCCCUUCCCCGGCCCGGCCCCCUGCCCCUACCCCCCCGGGAACUACCACCCCCCGCCCAAUGGUCCAGGAUACCCAGUCUAUGGGCACACUAAGCCCUCUAUCGGCCCCUAUGGCCAGCCAAUGGCAGGGCCUGGCUUGACCAAUAACCCCUUUAUGGCCGGAGCCCCAGCUGGUUCCUUCCCCAGUGGGGGCUCCUCCACCAACCCCUUCCUGUAGCGCACCUCCCAGCCUCCGCCACCAGAGGGCAGCAUGCACAGCACCUACUCAGCACAUCCGCCGCCAGUGACUUCACUACACACUUCUGAUCACCACAAAGACGAAGAAGAAAAAAAAAAAAAAAAAACAAUGUUUGUGGACACUAUGAUGGACAGAAA